UUGCAUGAGAUUUUGCUUUACUUGAUGGGUUCUUUUAAUUACUUACUCUGUGUUCUGUCAUGGCUGCUGGGUUUGCUUCUCGGAAUCAACAAUACCCUGUCCGAAGAGUACAAGACAUACAUAAUCCACAUGGAUCAUUCACAAAAACCUUCCUCUUUCUUAACCCACGAGUCUUGGCAUUAAUCCAUCCUAAGAUCUUUAUCCAAUCCUGUUCUUAACGCCCAAAAGUUCUUGUAUUCUUACAACCAUGUCAUGCAGGGCUUCAGUGCUAGGUUCACUCCUUCCCCGGUAGCUGAAAUUCGGGAAUCACAGGCUCAUCUUGCAUCACAGGAGGAGUCCAUCGGCAAGCUAGUCACGACCUACUCAACCACCUUUCUCGGAUUGAACCAUGAUUCUGGCUUAUGGCCUAGUGCUUCAUAUGGCGAAGGAGUGAUCAUAGGACUAAUUGAUUCACGGGUUUGGCCAGAAAGCUUGAGCUUCAGCGACAACGGAAUGCCACCAGUGCCACGGCAAUAGAAGGGCAAGUGCCAGAAUGGCACAGGUACCCUUUUUGCUUGUAACAAUAAACUUAUUGGUGCUCGAACAUUCAUUAAAGGAUUCCAAGCUGCAACAAAGAAGAAAUUGGACGCAACAGAUUAUUCCCCAAGGGAUCAGCUCGGGCAUGGAACCCACACAUCAUCAACGGCUGCUGGAAACUAUGUGGAAGGAGCAAGUCAAUUUGGAUUUGCAAGUGGCGCUGCAAAGGAAGUUGCGCCGCGUGCUUACGUUGCCAUGUACAAGUUAUCCCCCGAUGGAUUUGUAGCAGAAAAUGAUGUUCUCACUGCCAUGGACCAAGCCAUAGUACACAGCGUUGAUAUCAUGUCAUUAUCCAUUGCCUUCCGCCAAAAACCUUAUUUUCAAGAUGUCAUUGCCACUGCUUCUCUUUCAGCAAUGGAGAGGGGGAUAGUUGUUGCUUGUGCUGCAGGGAAUGAAGGACAUCCCAAUAC